GGAACAUACAUGCCUUGACAAACGAGACCCCGAGAUCCCGGCUUUUCUCCGCUGGGCCGAGCUAACUGGAGACGCCGCGUCCAAAGCUAAGAAUGCCGCAGCGCGGGGUCGUUGGUUUUGUUUUAUUUCGGUGACGUUGUUACGCUGCUUGAGUAGGUACCUGGUAAUCUAUUACGUACCGGCUACUUGGGACCCGGACUCCUCAUUUUGCUCACCUGGGCAUAUAUAAAAGCGACGAGGUAUUUCAGAUAACUACCUAACUUAGGUGAAUUAGGAAUAUCUUCGUUGAGGAACUUUUGCUCCAUCAUAUACCUAUGAGCUUUAUACACAAUUAACUCACCUCGUUGCCAAGAAAACCCUCAUACCAUACCGUGAAGAUGACUGACCACGUGAACGUCGCUACCCUCGACUCGACCCUCGUCGACCGCCUCCCCGCAUACUCCAAAACCCUCUUCGACGCCAAGGCCUCCAAGCAGCUAACCUUCUCGUCCAUCGCCGCCUCCCUCGGGCGCGGCGAAGUCGCCGUCGCCGCGCUCUUCUACGGGCAGGCUCAAGCCUCGCCCGCCGACAUCGAGAAGCUCUCCUCUCUCCUCGACAUCCCGCACGCGGCCCUCGCGUCGAGCAUGAGCGUCGGCUUCCCCGACAGGGGGCGCGCGGGCCCGAUGCCGCCGGUCGAGCCGCUCAUCUAUAGGCUCUACGAGAUCGUGCAGAACUAUGGGUAUGCGUUUAAGGCGGUGAUGAACGAGAAGUUUGGCGACGGGAUCAUGAGCGCGAUUGCGUUCUCGAGUAAGGUUGAGAAGGAGGUUGAUGGGGAUGGGGUUGCUUGGGUGAACAUUACUUUGAGAGGCAAAUGGCUGCCAUUUACUCGGUUCUAAGCGGAUGUUACCUCAGUGCCUCACAGCGCUUUGCUCGACAACGUCAUUGUGUAAACUUACUGCUGUUUUUCUAUCUGACUUGUUUCGACGGGAUGGAUUUGUAGGUUGCCAACUUGGAAAGAACAGCUACUUGUUGUAUCUCAACAGCAUACUUGUUUAACGUUUCUCUUGUGUCGCAUGCCACCGUGUUGCCAACACGUAGACCUGGGUACCUAGGUACGUGAUACUAAAUCGUAUAUAAAAGACAAGACAAAUCGUUUACUGCCUUCCCCCCGUUCUGGAGAAGAGCUCACCAUGUGUAACUACCUAACUGCUCUGCGACUUCGACGCUCUACCAGGUAGACAACCAUGAAACUCUCCACAUACCUAUG